UUUUUUUUUUAUUUUCCCUUUUUCUUUCUUCAUGAACAUGAGUCUUGGUCAUUCCUUGAAAAACAAAAAGAAUAAAAGAACCAGAUACCCACAACAAUCAUGUAUUGAAUUGAAUGUGACAACAUACAGUGUUGCCAACAAAAAGAGAACAACUACUGAACGUAAAAGUUCUAAACUAUGCUAUUCGUUUACUGCUCAAGAUUUGAAUAACAAAGAUUCUCCUAUUCAAAAAUCAACUUCCUCAGGGGUCAUCUUUUACUUUAAAAAAGUAGAUUCAGCCAUUGACUUAAGUUUGACUGUCGAUCUCUAUGCACAAUACAGCACAAGCCAUGCAACCUUGUCUACCACGCGAAAAAAGAAAAAGAGGGGUGGAUUUAGCAAGUUGUUUAGAAGAAAAGAAAAGAAAUGUACGGAUACACGAUUUUCUAUGGAUACAGAACGAGCCAUAUAUCGACUAUCAUAUAACAAAUUAACUAAUCCUGAGCGAUCAUUACAUGAUCAAGUGAUCAUAUCUAACCUGAUGUAUUGGUAUCUAUCUGUCGUGGCACGACCUCAUGCUCCCCUUAGCAAGAUAGCCACUUGCCGAAUUGGGCAAUUAAACAAGACAAGAAAAGAUGUGUCCAAUAGAGUCUAAUCAGAUUGUAGAUGGACUAUGCAUAUUACUGUAUUCAUCAUAUACCCCUCUUCCCUCUUUUCUUUUUUUUUUAAAAAAAAA